AUGAGUAAAGAAAUUAAAAAAUUAAUGCUCACAGGUUAUAUUCAAAGACCUGCUUAUAAUUUGGAUAGAUCUGAGAAGAAUAUAAUAUUUGAUUAUGAUUGGGUCACUAAUUUAGAAUAUCAAAAUAAUAAUUAUAUAUAUAUUAAUAUGGAUAAUGCAAACAAGAAUAAAGAUGUUGAUUUGACUCAAGACAAUAAUAAUAAUAAUAAUAGCAAUUUGGAUGAAAGUGACAAAAUGAGAAAUGAAUAUGAUAUGAAAAUAGGAAUAAUAAUAGUAGAAACAAAAAUAAUAAUGAAGAAUAUAAUAGUUUGA